AUGACUGAAAGGAAGGAGCAGCGUGCUGCCGUAAAAUUCUGUUUUUUGCUGGGGAAAACGGCAGCGGAAACAGAUGCUAUGCUUCGAAGAGCUUACAAAGAUGUUGCCAUGAGUAAAACACAAGUUUACGAGUGGUUUGCACGCUUUAAGAAUGGUCAAAUGUCACUGGAAGACCAGCCUCGUUCAGGGCGACCUUCUACCUCCCGAACGGAUGAAAAAAUCACUAAAAUUCAUGAACUGAUCAUGGAAGACCGUCGCAGAACAAUUGAUGAGCUUGUUAAUUUGACUGGUGUGUCCUGGAGUUCAUGUCAACGAAUUUUGAGCGAGGAAUUGGGAAUGAAAAGAGUUGCAGCAAAAAUGGUGCCUCGCUUGCUCACGGACGGUCAAAAGCAGUCACGAAUGGAUGCCUGUCGUGAACUGAAAGAACAGUUGGAAGUUGAUCCAGAAAUUUUUUAG